UGGAGUUCAACAUUCGACCAUUUAAACUCUUUGCGUGCUAACAUUCAUGAAAAAAUAACUCGUUGAAAUCUGUUACGUGUUUUUCAAAUUCUUGUAAAAAUUCAAUUGUUACCUAUGUACUAAAAUCAGUCAUGGAUUUCAAAUCGUUAAUAUUUUUGAUACUGAGCUUGGCAUCAGCGUAUCCUUCAGUCGACCGAUACAUCACCGAGCUGCCAUCCAAUUUAAACUGGCCCUACGACGGUAUGGUAGCAGACCAGCCGUAUGCACCGGUACGUCCAUCUGCAUCCGCUUACGUAUACCAAAUCGACGAUCCAACAGCCAAUUACAUCUUUUCGACCAAUUAUUGGUCCAAGAAAGACCCCACACCGUACACAAAACGAUCCAGAUCCAGCACCACAGACUCCUUAACUCGUACACCACCUACUCGUGGUCCGAAUUUUAAAUCUCGAUCUGUAACAUUAACGGAGGCGAUACCUGCGGCACCAGUUACACUUCAUGUGACGCAUAUGACAUCAGAGCCACCAGCCAUAUACAAGUACUAUAGCAUCUAUGGCACUAGACCUAUAACGUAUUACCCCUUAAACUACGUUUAUUCUGGUAAUGUUUACUCGACGCCAUUCCCAUAUGAAUAUACUAGCAGCCCGGCGAGUUCAUUUGUACAACCAAAUGUGUUGCAUUCGGAUUACUUGACUUAUUUCAAACCAUUUUACGUUGUAAAUAAUGCACUUUACAGUUUUAUUCAUCCGCUGCAUAGAGUGUAUAUUUAUGAACCUCCGAAACAAUACGUGCAUUAUGAUUAUGUGAUUGAACAACAGCAGCAGCCUGCAGUUCCCAGCGUUGAAGGCUACGACCCAGAAGCCAUCAAAAUACAAAAUAAUCCAUCUAUCGUUACCGGAGAAAAUAUACCUGUUCCGGACCAAAUUCAAAAUAAUUCAUCUGCCGUUGCCGUAGCAAAUAAGCCUGCUGCCGUUAAAAUUCAGAAAAAACCGAUUGAAACUAAUUUAACUAAAAUCAACAUCGAUCCUAUUACCGAAGCUGAGGCUAGAUUUAGUUUUCAUGAUGGUGAGAGUCGAGCUGCACUAACUACCUCAAGCUCGAAUAUCAUUCAUAAACAACGACCGAUUUACCAUAAUACCUAUGGCAUUAUGUAUCAUAAGUUGCCUCGAAACAACUUACGAAAUAUACGACCAUCGUAGUUAUUUUGAUGAAUCAAAAAAAUAUGUAUAUUUACGUAGAUAGAAAUUAACUCCAUACGUAUUUUCGUUGUACCCCCCCACCCACAAUUACUCUCAUUUUUUGUACUUUUUUUACAAUAUUAAUAACUCAUUGAUGAAUGUCUGUGUAAAUUUUAAUUCAAAUUGAAAAUUGUUCAACUCACACGUAGAGUGCUUUGAAAAUUUGAAUUGUUUGGCCACAGAAAAGAUCAAUCAAAACCAUGUGCAAAAAUCCAUCAUUUCAUUUGCUAAAGUAUAUUUUUUGAUUUUUUACGAAUUUUUGAAAAUCAGAACACCAAAAACGUGAAAAAAUACGAAUUUUAACAAAUUGAUCUGGAAAAAUAAAAUUUAGUAGGUAGGUAUGUGCCCUAUUUUCGCCUCUUCAAUCUUCAUCGAUUGCGAACAGUUUCGAACUGUUUUGAGCAAUUCCGGAGCUUCCAGCAGAUUCCCAAACACUGACUAUAAUUAUCUACUUGACCGAUUACACCCAUAUUUUUUAAAAUCAUGUUUUUGCUGAUUCAGAACCUGUAAAGUAAAAGUUAGCUUUCCAACUUUGAUUUGGUUAUUUAAUUUUUUUUAGAUGCAAACUUUCAAAAAUCUUUUGCAGACUCUAGGAUUGCUCAAAACUAUUCGAAACCGUGUCUGAACGACUUGAAAAGUCAAAAUUAGAGUACCCACCAAUUUCCAGCUCAAUUAAUCAAAAUGGUAAAAUUUCGAUGGUAGCCCUUGACCCACAUACCCAUCAUUAAAAUUUUAGCUGCAGUUUCCAGUUUAGCUGUCACCACAGUUAACCCACGCGUUCUCACAAAAGACUGCUCUUAUAUCUUGCUCAACUGAAUUUUUGGUAUAACAUUCUUCAAGGAUUGUUCAAAUUUUCAUUCAAAAUGGAGAACUUGAAUAAGAAAAUAAAACAUUGCAGGGUAAAAAAUAAAAUUGGUCUUUUCGAAAAACUUCAUCAACGUAGUACGACACUUCAUGGAAAACAUCCGGCAACGAUUAGAGUUGGAGUUGAAGAAUUCCUAGGUAAAUUUUUCUAAACUCAUCACAAUACUCAUUUUGUUUUUUAGAUUUCAUUCCGAUUUUCAAACCCAUAGCCUGAAUUGAAUUAAUUCACAAUAAUUUUGAAAACUCGUUUUUUGAUUACCAAAUUUGUUUAUUUAUGUAGUUUCUAUUCAAAUUUUCAGAAAUUUAAUUUACAUUUUAUUUAAUUCAAAUUUAUGUUUUAUAUUAUUUUUGGUACAGUUGAAUAUGUAAUUUAAAGAAUAGAAUGAAUUGGAAUUUGUAAAUUUUUCCAAACUCACCAUAAUAUUAUUUUGUUUUUUAGUUUUCAUUCAGAUUUUUAAUACGAUGGCUAUGUUUAUUGUUUAUCCACCCUUCGGGCAGGAAAACUUAAAUAUAAGUCUAGAAAUAUUAUUCUUUUAUGAUAAAGAAUGGCUACUUCUGAAUUUAAAUUUGAGUGUGCUGAUGGAAUUAAAUUACAACCACCUUCUGAGGUUUGUUUGAAGAGUAUUGUAACUUAUAAUAAUAAUGUUCCAAAUGUUACGUACAAAGGGUAAUAAUUUGAUUUUGUAUAAAACUGAAGGCUCCGAACCACAUAGUACUUGUACCUGUUGCUAGAAUUACUCACUUCUCUGAUUUAUCUGUACAACUCUUCACCCUAAAUACCAUAAAAAUUAAAUGUAAUAUUGAAAAUCUGAAAAUAAAUGAUGAUACAAUGCA